AUGUUCGCGGGACUCAAAGAUAUGCUGCCGGGGCAGCACAAGAACCCGCCCCCAUCGCAGACGCCCGCACCCACGGGGCCCCCGGGGACCCCUCAGGGGGGCCCCCCUGGGGGCCCCCCCCCCGAGCAGCAAGGAGGCGCCUCAGCUGAAAAUGAAAUAACUCCUCCAGUUCCCGAGGGAGCAGAGCCUCUGGAUGAGGCAGAAGUGGAGAAGAUGCUCUUUGAUGAAUAUCUCGGAGCUGCUGAAUAUACUUAUGAAGAGUUUCUUGAAAUUGUGCAACAGCCUCCGGAAGAAAAGGGGGAAACUGAAGACGAGAAAAGGCACUGGCAGCACCCGAGGAGAUGGAAAGUUGUCUUGUGGAACUUGGCCAUUACGAAUUACAUGUCCGAUCACCUUUCUGCCUUUGUUGAAAUUGAAUUCGGGGGCAGCAAAGAAGAAUGCAAAGUGCAG